AUGUCCAUCGCUGAGCUCGAGGAGCUGGGCAGGCAGUACUGCAAGCAGAAAAACUACCAAAAGGCCCUCGGCGCCUUCUCUGAAGCCUUCGACGCGACGGCUCCCCCAGACAUAACCUACCUCGACCUGCGCGCCGCCGUCUAUGAGAGGCUUGAAAACUUCCAAGCGGCCCUCAAAGAUGGCAAGCAGAUGAUUCGUUUUGCGCGCCAAGACGCCCGCGGCUACCUACGUACCGCCCGAGUCCUGCAGAAGAUGGAAGGAAAGGCGCAAACGGCCCUGGACAUUUACAAUCUCGGCCUGCGCUCCGUCAAGGCAGAGGACAAGGCCGGGAACUUGCGCCUGCUGCAAGCCUUGCGCGACAAGCUCACGCGCCAGCUCUCGCCGCCCAAGAGCAUCGAUCCUCUCACCGUGUUGCCGGCCGAGCUUGUCGACUUGAUCAUGGAAUACCUUAAUUUCCGCCAGCAGGUCAAUUGUCUCCGUGUUUCCAAACACUGGAAUGUCUUCUUAGACUCGCAGCCGAGGCUUUGGGCUGAGCUGGACUUGUCGUUGGCCCAAAGGCCUGUCCUUCCGGAGUUUGUUCGCAAGUGCAUGUACCGCUCCAAGAUGAAGAUACGCGUCGCUAGAAUAAACAGGCUGCGGGAC